CAGCAAAGUCUCGAGAAACGAGCCUAAUGAAAUGAAAUGUGAGCAGCAAAAAUGAUAUUUAAAAUAUUUACCUACUCAAAAAAAAAAAAAAAACACCACCAAUUUCUCUCUCUCCUACCCACUCACUCUGUCACUGUUCCGUCCCACUCACCUCUCUCUCUCUCCUCACACCCCUCUUUUCCCCUUCCAUUUUUUUUGCAGCCAUUUUGACAUAACACACAGACAUCUAUCAUCACCCAUGGUUCUUCUUCUUCGUUCUCUCUCCAUUUCUAGGGUUCCUUCUCCCUAAAAGAAAAAAAACCCAAAAUAAAUGCCUCCAUUUUUUCUCCUCUUUCUUCUCACACCCUUUAAUUCCACUAAUUUUCCCUUCCCAUUUCCUCCCCAGAUCACAAAGAACAAAUCUUUAAGCGUGAUCUAUCAAGCUUAAGCUCUUUCUAAGUUACUCGCUCAGUUUUUAAGUUAAUUUUGAGGAGAGAGAAAAUGGCGAUGGUUGCGCAUAGAGAGAGUAGUAGUGGUAGUGGUGGAAGUAGCGGAAUGAGCAAACACAUGACGGCGGCAGCAGCGGCGGCGUCAGCAGCUGAUGCUGGAAAAUACGUUAGAUAUACAUCGGAGCAGGUCGAAGCUUUGGAGAGAGUUUACGCGGAGUGUCCAAAACCAAGCUCGUUACGCCGUCAGCAGUUGAUUCGAGAGUGUCCUAUUUUGUCUAACAUUGAACCUAGACAGAUCAAAGUUUGGUUUCAAAAUCGCAGGUGUAGGGAAAAACAGAGGAAAGAAUCGUCGAGGUUACAGACAGUAAAUAGGAAAUUAACUGCGAUGAAUAAAUUGUUGAUGGAAGAGAAUGAUCGGUUGCAGAAACAGGUUUCUCAGUUGGUUUGUGAAAAUGGGUUUAUGCGUCAACAACUUCAUACUGCGCCGGCUAUGACCACCGAUGGAAGCUGUGAGUCUGUGGUCACCACAACGCAGCAUUCUCUUAGAGACACUAAUAACCCUGCUGGACUCCUGUCUAUUGCCGAGGAGACAUUGGCAGAGUUCCUUUCCAAGGCGACGGGGACUGCUGUUGAUUGGGUCCAGAUGCCUGGGAUGAAGCCUGGUCCGGAUUCGGUUGGGAUCUUUGCCAUUUCACAUCGUUGCAGUGGAGUGGCAGCCCGAGCCUGUGGUCUCGUUAGUUUAGAGCCUACAAAGAUCGCAGAGAUACUUAAAGAUCGUCCAUCAUGGUUCCGGGACUGCCGGAGCCUUGAAGUAUUCACUAUGUUUCCUGCUGGAAAUGGAGGAACAAUUGAACUUAUUUAUACACAGAUAUAUGCUCCAACUACUUUGGCCCCUGCACGAGAUUUUUGGACUUUGAGAUAUUCCACAACUUUAGAGAAUGGCAGUGUCGUGGUUUGUGAGAGAUCUCUAUCUGGUUCUGGACCCAACACUGCUGCUCCUCAGUUUAUAAGAGCUGAUAUGCUUCCAAGUGGCUAUCUCAUUAGGCCAUGUGAUGGUGGAGGUUCAAUUAUCCAUAUAGUAGACCACCUGAACCUUGAGGCAUGGAGCGUGCCAGAGGUGUUACGGCCAUUAUACCAAUCAUCCAAAGUUGUGGCUCAGAAAAUGACCAUAGCAGCUUUACGCUACAUCCGUCAAAUUGCACAAGAGACAAGCGGGGAGGUGGUAUAUGGCUUGGGUAGGCAGCCAGCUGUUUUGCGUACGUUUAGUCAGAGAUUAAGCAGAGGUUUUAAUGACGCUAUAAAUGGAUUCACUGAUGAUGGUUGGACAAUGCUCAAUUGUGAUGGUGCUGAAGAUGUCAUAAUUGCUUGUAAUACAGCCAAAACUUUUAUGGCUACUUUGAAUGCUGCCAGUUCACUUCCGAUGGUUGGCGGUGUUUUGUGUGCUAAGGCAUCUAUGCUACUUCAGAAUGUACCUCCCGCUGUGCUAGUUCGAUUCUUGAGAGAGCAUCGGUCGGAGUGGGCUGAUUUCAGUGUCGAUGCCUAUUCUGCUGCGGCAUUGAAGGCAAACUCGUAUGCAUUUCCAGGGAUGAGAGCUACGAGAUUUACUGGAAGUCAAAUUAUCAUGCCUCUUGGUCAUACAAUUGAGAAUGAAGAAAUGCUGGAGGUAAUUCGGUUGGAAGGCCAUUCUCUUACUCCUGAAGAUGCUUAUAUUUCUAGAGAUAUCCAUUUGCUACAGAUUUGCAUUGGAAUAGAUGAGAAUGCAGUAGGAGCUUGCUCUGAACUAGUUUUUGCGCCAAUUGAUGAAAUGUUUCCAGAUGAUGCUCCGUUGCUGCCUUCGGGCUUCCGUAUUAUUCCAUUGGAUUCGAAACCAGAAGCUGCAACAAAUCGGACUCUUGACCUAACUUCAAGUCUUGAAGUGGGUCCAUCAUCCAACCAUGGAGCUGCUGAUGCAACAUCUUCUGGUAGCAAUCGUUCUGUGCUAACCAUUGCAUUCCAGUUUCCAUUUGAAAGUAGCCUGCAAGAAAAUGUUGCGACAAUGGCACGUCAAUAUGUUCGAAGUGUAAUAUCUUCAGUGCAAAGGGUUGCCAUGGCAAUAUCCCCUUCAGGGUUAAGUCCCACAGUGGGUCCAAAAUUAUCUCCAGGCUCCCCAGAGGCACUUACUUUGGCCCAUUGGAUUUGUCAAAGUUAUAGUUAUCAUAUGGGAGCAGAACUGCUAAGGACUUCUUCUGCUGCUGAUGACACAUUGCAGACUAAUAGCCAUUGA